AUGACAGGGCUUGGCUCAUCAUGUGGAGCAUGCAAGUUCCUAAGGAGAAAAUGCGCCACUGAUUGUGUAUUCGCUCCUUACUUCUCCUACGACCAAGCCUCAACCCAUUUUGCAGCAGUGCACAAAAUUUACGGUGCUAGUAACGUCUCCAGGCUAUUGUCACAUCUUCCAAUCCAGAAUAGAAGUGAUGCUGCCAUCACCAUUUCUUAUGAAGCCUUGGCUCGCAUGCAGGAUCCUAUAUAUGGCUGUGUUGCUCAUAUCUAUGCAUUGCAGCAACAGGUUGCCAGCUUACAAGAGGAGAUAGAUACUCUUGGUAGUCUAAUGACAAAUUCCACAAUCAGUGUUGUCAAUUGUGACAGUGUCCAAGCACCAAAGAACUCAAACAACGGAACACAAUAUAAUAUUUUGCAGCAUGAUGCUACAAGGACACAAUAUUGUCAAAAUAAUAAUCUGGCUAAUUUUCUGUCACAAGAAGGAAGUGCCACAGUUUACCAAAGUUUUGACUCACAGAUGGAUAUGGAGCUUCCUAGUGCACACGUGGAAGAACCUUCAUUUGGUGAUUCCUAG